AUGCGUCUACUCGACAACCCCGACGCAAACUACUAUGCCUACCCCUUAGAUAUAUGUGCAGAAGUAUCCGAGUCCUUAGCCGUGACCAAGAUCUACCAUUUGCCCUCAUCUGAAAAAGAGGGCAUUCGACAAGAUGCAAGACCCUAUGACCAGCGCAAAGUCCAAGCCAUCGAACUGAGCGAGUAUCAUCCUAGUCUUCGCCCAUCACCGCGUACGACUACAAAACCCUACCACGUCGUCCAGCCAGAAGGCCCCUCAUUCAAAACAGACGGCAAUUUGCUGAGCUGGGAAAAAUGGACUAUGCGCGUGGGCUUCAACUACCGCGAGGGCCUGACUCUGCACGAUAUCCGCUAUGACGGGCGCAGUCUCUUCUACCGUCUGUCUCUGGCCGAGAUGUUUGUCCCCUACGGCGAUCCACGAUCUCCGUUUCCGAGGAAGGCAGCUUUUGAUUUGGGUAACGAUGGCGCUGGGAUCAAUGCGAACAACCUGCGUCUUGGGUGUGAUUGUCUCGGCCUGAUCAAGUACUUUGACGCAUGGCACAACACCGCCUCUGGAGAGCCGGUCAAGCUGCCAAAUGUGAUCUGCUGUCAUGAGCAGGACGACGGUAUUCUCUGGAAACACACCAAUUUCCGCACGCAGAAUGCAGUCGUGACUCGCUCGCGGAUUCUUGUCCUGCAGACGAUUAUCACGGUUAGCAACUACGAGUAUAUCUUUGCUUUCCAAUUUGGUCAGGAUGCGUCCAUCCACUAUGAAGUGCGCGCGACGGGCAUCCUGUCAACCUGCCCCAUUGAUAUCGGUGAUGAAGUCAGUUAUGGCACCAUCGUCGCGCCGGGAGUCCUUGCGCCGUACCAUCAACACCUCUUCUCUCUUCGCAUCGACCCCGCGAUUGAGGGAACCAAAAAUUCUCUGCAGGUGGAAGAGUCUCAUGCAAUGCCUGUCGACAAUCCCGAGACUCAAAAUCGCUUUGGCGUUGGGUAUACCACAAGUUCCAAGAUCGUCACCGAAGAAGGCGGGCUGGAUCUCGACUUCGCCACGAACCGGACUUUCAAGAUAAUCAACGAGAAGAGGACUAAUCCAAUUACGGGAACGCCUGUUGGAUUCAAGAUCUCCCCUUGCUACAGCCAGAUGCUCCUAGCCCAUCCGGAGUCCUUCCAUGCCAAACGAUCCGAGUAUGCCAGCCAUGCUAUCUGGGUUACGCGCUACGUUGAGGAUGAACUGUACCCAGCGGGUCGUUAUACAAUGCAGUCUCUCGGUGGUGAGGGAAUUCGCUCGGUGAUUGAGCAGCGCAAGCGUGACCCUACGAGCGAGACCUCGGUACGCAAUGAGGAUAUUGUAAUUUGGCACACAUUUGGAUCGACGCAUAACCCCCGGAUCGAGGACUGGCCGGUUAUGCCUUCGGAAAAGAUGGUUGUUGGUCUGAAGCCGAUCAAUUUCUUCACAGGGAAUCCUAGUCUGGAUGUGGCUGUUUCGACCCAAGCGCGAAACCAGAGUGUUUUGGCUAAGGAUCCCCCGGAGUCGGAUACCUGUUGUAGAUUAUAG